AUGAAGAUCUUCGUGUGCCACUGUUCUAUUCUUGAAACUACUUCCUUAUUGGUUUCCCACAUUCGACCUUCACUUGAGACUUUUCAUCGAUUUCUUUGUUCUUCGUCUUUCUUAUUUUCGUCUCUCAUUUCUUUUAAUUAUUCUUUUUCGUUCCCCCCCAACACAAUUUUCUCUUUUUUUUCUAGUUCUAAGAAUCUUUCUUUCUUUCUUUCUUUCUUUCUUUCUUUCUUUUCCCGCCACGUCCUUACUCCGCAUGGCGUCCAUCUCAGAAUGGCGUCUGCCUGCUGCCUCUUGUUUACUAGCCCCAACAUAGCGUGUUACAAGGAAGUACAAGGAAAGGAAUAUGUUAGUUAUAAAAUCAAUCUAUCUCAUUCCAUAUUUUUGCUUCUUUCUGUUUCGCUUUAUUUUUUUCUUUCGUCAUCGCCGGCAUCUAUCUAUCUAUCUAUCUAUCUAUCUAUCUAUCUAUCUAUCUCAUUGUAUUCUUUUGUUUCUAUUUCGAUGCAUUGUUUGCUUGUUUGUUUAUUUGUUUGUCUGUUUCUAUCUAUCUAUCUAUCUAUCUAUCUAUCUAUCUAUCUAUCUAUCUAUCUAUCUUUUAAAGACAACAGUGGCUUUCAUUCCUUUCUUAUUCUCUUCUAUCUGUAUUUCUCCCUCCCUCUCUCCUCCUCUCUUUCCUUAUCUAUCUAUCUAUCUAUCUAUCUAUCUAUCUAUCUAUCUAUCUAUCUAUCUAUCUGUCCACGCUCAUUCAUAUCUAUCUAUCUAUCUAUCUAUCUAUCUAUCUAUCUAUCUAUCUAUCUAUCUAUCUAUCUAUCUAUCAUCUAUCUAUCUUAUUCAUAUCUAUCUAUCUAUCUAUCUAUCUAUCUAUCAGUCCACUAUCAUAUCUAUCAUCCAUCUAUCUAUCAUAUCUAUCUAUCUAUCUAUCUAUCUAUCUAUCUAUCUAUCUAUCUAUCUUAUUCUUAUCCAUUAUUCAUAUCUAUCUAUCUAUCUAUCUAUCUAUCUAUCUACGCUUAUUCAUAUCUAUCUAUCUAUCUAUCUAUCUAUCUAUCUAUCUAUCUAUCUAUCUAUCUAUCUAUCUAUCUAUCAGUCCAUCCAUCUAUCUAUUCUAUCUAUCUAUCUAUCUAUCUAUCUAUCUAUCUAUCUAUCUAUCUAUCUAUCUAUCAGUCCACGCUCAUUCAUAUCUAUCUAUCUAUCUAUCUCUAUCUAUCUAUCUAUCUAUCUAUCUAUCUAUCUAUCUAUCUACGCUUAUUCAUAUCUAUCUAUCUAUCUAUCUAUCUAUCUAUCUAUCUAUCUAUCUAUCUAUCUAUCUAUCUACGCUUAUUCAUAUCUAUCUAUCUAUCUAUCUAUCUAUCUAUCUAUCUAUCUAUCUCAUCCUUAAUGCCCCUACUCAUAUUUUUCUACUUUUAUUCAUUUAUUAAUUCAUUCAUUUGUUCAGUUAUUUAUUUAUUUAUUUAUUCCCGAACUUCUUCCUCCAUCAUUCUUUUUACCAUUCACCGUGUCUUUCAUCUUAUCGCUUCUUUCUUAUUCUCAAGAUUUCGUAACGAAGACACGACUUUUUUCUUUUGCCAUGUGCGCAUUUACCAUUUAUUUUAUUUUUGUUUCUUCUCUAUUCUCUUUUUUCUCUCCCUCUCUCUCUCUCUCUCUCUAUCUAUCUAUCUAUCUAUCUAUCUGUAUAUUUUAUAUAUCUAUCUAUCAAUCUAUCUAUCUGAAGUAUUUUCAUAUCUAUCUAUCUAUCUAUCUAUCUAUCUAUCUAUCUAUCUAUCUAUCUCAGUUUUUCCAUAUCUAUCUAUAGAAGUGUUUUCAUAUCUAUCUAUAACAGUCUUUUCAUAUCUAUCUAUCUAUCUAUCUAUCUAUCUAUCUAUCUAUCUAUCUUUCUAUCUAUCUAUCUAUCUAUCGUCUGUUUAUAUCUAUCUACUAUUAUAUAUACAAUUUCAAUACCACAUUUCCCUUCUUUCUUUCUUUCUUUCUUUCUUUCUUUCUUUCUUUCGUUCUUUCUUUCUUUCGUUCUUUCUUUCGUUUGUUCUUUGUUUCUUUCUCACUUUUUCUUUCUGUCUUUUUUGUUUGUUUGUUUGUUUUUUCUUUCUUUCUUUCUUUCUUUUUUUCUUUGUUUCUUUCGUUUGUUAUUUGUUUAUUUUUUAUUUUUUCUUUCUUCUUUCUUUCUUUCUUUCUUUCUUUCUUUUUUUCUUUGUUUCUUCCGUUUGUUAUUUGUUUCUUUUUUAUUUUUUCUUUCUUCUUUCUUUCUUUCUUUCUUUCUUUCUUUCUUUUUUCGUGCAUGUUCCAGGACGUUCAUCACCGAUCAUGAACCGGCCUCACUUUACCUUCCUAUUUAUCCUUUUCCGUUGCAAUUAUCCAAGCUUCUUCACCACUCCCUUUAUUCAAUACAAUUUUCACAUCGACAAUAACCAUGAAUUUACUUUUUCUUCCAAAAAUGGCUUUUGGCUGUAA